UCCCAAGAGAGUCAGAUCCAGAGAGAGAAUGAAGAAAGAGAAAAGAAGGGAGGGGCGCGUGCAUGGAAUGGGUGGGGCCGCAAGCGUGGAGUGGGUGAAAAAUCGACCAUCACGGGCGACUGCAAUUUCAGCAUUGGGUGCCUGGGUGGAUACACCAACGAAUCUGCUGCCUAGUGACACUAAGGCCAAGGCCCAUUCCAGGUGGAAUGAUGUGGCCCGUAUCGAAGCCAGGUCAGCCUGGAACGCAUCCUGUCAUCCCACCCUACGGAUCAAAUCCUGCCCGACGCGAGCGAGGGUGAGAGGAUACGGCGCAGCGGCGCGGCAUGGCACCAACGGCGACCACCCUCUCCACUGCCUUCAUUCUCACUGCUAUCAGGCAAGCAGAGGAAUCGCAAACCGGGAUUCAAGCGGGGGCAUACCAGAGGAAUACCUGGCGGAUUUGGCUCCAAUCAAGGUUUAGGGGUUUUACAAAAUUGUUCCAAUAUAUGAUUAGAGUCAUUCCAAUCUCAGCAAAAGUAACAACACUACAAAGAUCUGGAAAGCAUAAAUUUACUUUCCUAUGUUCUCGUGAAUGUUGGGGGAGCCACCUUCGGAGGACGAGCGAAGGCAUGGCGCCUGAAGACCCGAAGCCCGAGGACGAUGAUCGCGUGGCGCCGAGGUGCGAAGGUCGGGGAGCGAAGCAUUGUCAGCGAAGGUCCUCGAGCGAAGCCCUGAGUUUUCGAAGGCUGACCCUCGGGGGGUCGCGGUGCGGGACGAAUCGGACAAAGUCCAGGCGGUGAAGGCCCGCGGGC